CUUGAAAUGGAUCAAAGAACUGAAUGUAUGUCAUGAAACCAUAAAACGAAUAGAAGAAAACACAGGAAAAAAUCUCUUGAAUAUAAACAUGAGCAACAAGCAACGUUUUCCUGAAUGCAUCUCCUCAGGCAAGGAAAACAAAAGCAAAAAUGAACUCAUGGGACUACAUCAAACUAAAAAGCUUCUGUACAGCAAAGGACACCAUCAGUAGAACAAAAAGACAUGCUACAGUAUGGGAGAAUAUAUUUGUAAAUGACAUACCCAACAAGGGGUUAACAUCCAAAAUAUAUAAAGAACUCACACUCCUCAAAACCCAAAAAACAAAUAACACAAUUAACAAAUGGGCUGAGGAUAUGAAGACACUUCUCCAAAGAAACAUAGACGGCCAAUAGCCACAUGAGAAGAUGCUCCACAUCCCUAAUCAACAGGGAAAUGCAAAUUAAAACCAAAGUGAGGUAUCACCUCACACCAGUUAGGAUGGCCACCAUCCAAAAGACUAGGAGCAACAAAUGCUGGCGAGACUGGGGAGCAAGGGGAACCCCCCUACACUGCUGGUAGGCAUGUCCCUAGGGAAGAAUGUCUGGCAUGACCCUCCCUGUGCAGGUUGGGACAUUGGGCAGUUCCUGGGAGGUGCUGUGGCCUCAGCAGGACAGGGAACUGGUGAGAAAAAGCGGCCUGAGCUCAGCUCUUGUCUCCUCAGAGCUGGGACCCUCGUGACAUUGCCAUAGAGCGAGGGGACAGCUCUGGUUGAGAUCUGUGUAGUCAUGCAUGGCAAGGGCCAGGAGGGUGGGCAGUCGGCAGCCCAGAGGGGCAUGUGGGCGUGUCUGAAUGCAGGGAGGGGCCCAGGAAAUGGACCCUUGAAGAAGUGAUGUCACUGAUGACAUGCCCAGUAGAACCUGAAUUGUGACCCGAACAGAACCCAGAUCCUGGUCGCAGACCCCAGUCCAGCUCACUUGACCGGAGGCGCUCGACAGAGCAACAUGCGGUCUUGUUGUGCGGAGCCUUCUGAAGGCGUGGGAGUCAGGGAAGCCGAGAGGGAGAGUCUUCCUGCUCGCUGUGGGCGUUGGCUCAGAGACCACCUCCAACGCCUCUGUCCGUGUCUCCCGAGGAGCCCCGAGGUAACACAGGGCAGCCCAGAGCGGGCCACUCCAGGGCCAGGCCACGAGUGUGACCCAUCCUGGGCUGACCUUUCCCCCGGCCCCUGUGUGUGCGCAGUGGGCGUGGGGCAUGGGUGGGACUGAAGGCUGGGGAGCAGGGGGCAGUCAGUGUCACAGCUCUGGUCUCAUCAUUCAGAUGUGGAGGUGAGUGUUGGGACCAGGUACUUCCACCCACAUGUUAAUCCUGAGCCCAGGGGUGUCCUCCUCUUCCCUGAGGGACUGGAUGUCUAUGCAGAUGGCCCUGUGGGCCUGAUCUCGGGGGCAGAGUUGGGGGCCCACAUUGCCCCCUGUGGGGAGGUCCACGCAACCAUGGGUGCCUCCUCCCCAGCUACCAGGUGCCGGCUUUGCAGAGCUCCACCCUGGGGAGCGUGGAGGAGCUGGUGGAUGGAUUCACCUACUCCAUCUCCCUGGACCUGGGGCAGGCUGUCUACACCCAGGAUCCCUUCCCUCCCAGGGCUUCCCCACGAGAGUGGCUGACAGGACCACUCCAGAGGGCCUGGAACCUUGUUCCCGGGGGCACCCCGUGCCUCUCCUUGCUCGCACCCCAGGGGGCUGGGGGCUCUCGGGUGAGCUGCAAACCUGCCUCGUCCUGGUGAUUCCUGGGUUUCCCACUGACUAUAUCCCUGUUUCCCCCCUUAGCCUGAACCUGAGCCAUCUGUCCAUGGGACUGAGGUCCGCAAGUGCAGGGAUCCCUGGAUAGGUGUGAGGAGGAAGUGGACAAAGCGAAAGGCACGAGUGGAACCAGCUCCAAACACCAGCCGGAGCGCUCCCGAGGCCACACUCCCACCCGAUGAUGCUGACCAGCUGACCACGGGCCAGCGGCUCCCCCGGUGAGCACCCAACCCCUCCUUGGCCAGUCGGGCCUCUGCCCACAGCCCGCGGUGUGUCUUGCAUGUCCCCACGUGUCUGAGCCUCAGCGUGCUCCUCUGACAGGCAGGGAGGCUGGCGAUCAGCCUGUUAGGGUGCCCAUGGGGAACAUGGGAGGAGCCUUAGAGGGGUUCCCCUGGUGCCCGGCAUGGUAAAGGACUGCCGGCCAAGCUGGGCCACUUCGGGGCUUACUUCUCUGUACCCGAUGAAAGCCUUUGGCCUCACCCGUCAGUGGCCUGGAGCCUGGCUCAUUUGGAAAAGCACAUGGGAAGCAGCCUUUGGAACGGAGGCUCGCGAUUCCCUGUGUUUGGGCCGGGUCCUUGUCCUCACUGUCGCCACAUGAGGGACCUCUGGGGGCAGGAGAGGGGUACCUGGAGAAGUUCUGGUAGGACUUCCUUAAGCAACAAUAGGUACGCAGUGCCCACUUUGUGCAGACCCUUUGGGGACACUUAGCACAACUGAGUGAAGGAAGCAGACACAAUACUGGGACCCCAUCCCGGGUGGACUCGGGCAGUCACUUCAGGCAUCAUCCGCAGGUCACGGCCAGGGAGUGUCACGACUGAUGCCGUCACGGCCUCCUCAAGCAACAGGGGGCAUGACGAGGGGCCAGAGGGGGAAUUGAAAAUGUGAGCGUUCACUGGGUCCAGAGGAGGUGCUGCCCAUCUCACAGAAUGGGGGGAGGAGGAGUUUGGGGCUUGGGGUUGGGGGAGCACAGCAGAGCCCAGCAGGUCACUCAUCUUUGGGUUCCCAUGGGUGGGCUGACGACUGGGGACUUCCUAUUCGGGAGGAUGGGAGAGGAUGGGGUCCCAGGACAGACACGCAGGGUCAGGAAGGGGGAGGGGCAGGUGCCGGGACAGGCAGGGGAGUGCACAGCGGCCAGGCCCACACAAGGGUGGACCCGGAGGGCAGUGCGGCUGGAAAGACCAGGCUUCUCACUCUGCCACCCCCAGGCCUUACCCCAGCCGCAGGAUGGGACGGGCUAGGCACGUUACCUGGCAGGACGAGCAACUGGGGCCCACGCUUUCAGAGCUGGAAGGUGAGGGGCUGCGGCCAGGGGACUGUCUAGGGUGGGCUUCCCAGACUGGGGUUCCCUUCAAGGCACUGAGGGCUCUUCUGUCAUUGUAAGUCAUGCGAAAUCAGCCCCGGGGUGACCCUUUCUCUGUGUCCUGCGCUCCAGACCCACGGCAGACGCAGCUGGCUCCAGAGACAAAGGGAAGGCUGGCUUCGUGGCUACAGCGAGUCCAGGCGCUCUUUCAGACCCCUGUGCGGGAGCUACGGCCAUUGUCAUCCGCCUCAGCCCCUGCAGAGCUGGAGGACAUCCCAGCAGAGGCCUCAGCUCUGAGGCAAGGACCCAAGCUGGAGCCCCAGGAGCCCUCAGGCCUGGUGCGCAGAGCAACUGCCGUGAUGGUACCAGGCCUUACAGAGCCAGAGCCAUGUCCAGACCCCAUGAGCCCCUGGGACAUCCCAGGAGUGGUUUCAGCCCCGGUGCCAGGCCCCGAGCUGGAGCCCCAUGAGCCCUUGGUCCCGGGUCCCGUGGCACCUGCAGGAAUGGCACCGGGACUGGCAGAGCCAGAGGCGGACCCGGAGCCCACCCGCGCCUGUGUCGCCAUCACCCGGCACGUGUGGAGGAAGGAGGAGUGGACCAUUCUGGCAUUUCCCCAUGGCCUGGUGGCCGAGCAGCUGACCCUGAUCUGUGCGUUCCCUGUCAUCCAAAGUGAGAUCACCAUGCAGAGGAAGCUGGCCAAGGUGUAUGACCUGGAGCCUGAUGAGCGCUUCCGGUGCUUUGCCCAGGCCGUGGAGCCCCUGGAUGAGGAGGAGAGCUACAGCCUGUCCUGCCAGCUGGAGCCCCCAGGCCAGGGGGCCGGCAGAAAGUGACUAUUCUUCAGGCCCCACAAGAUGUAAAUUUACCAGC